AUGUUUAUAGAAGAGACAAGACAGCUGUGAUUCAAAACUGAAAACAGAAGAAUGAAAAUAAGACACAAAAUACUAACACAGAAGUACUACUUAAAUGUCUUCAAUGGAAUUUUCUUGGCUCUGGGUCUUAUGCUUUUGAUAUUUGGGCUGUGGCUUUUAUUUGACAGAAACAAUUUAUUCAGUGUGUUAUUUUCUUCAGGCGAAAACCAGCUAGUGGCAUAUAUUUCUUGUAUGUUACUUGGAAUUGGAUCUGUUAUUACUUUUAUAUCAGCUGUGGGAUUCCUUGGAAUUCUUAAGGAAAUCAAAUGUCUACUAGUUACAUAUAUGAGUUUUCAGAUCCUGGUGUUUGUUACCCAGAUGGCAAUAUUGAUGCUGAUAUUCAUGAAAAAAGAAGAGGUCCACAAUCAAUGGAACAACAGAAUUGAUGAAAUUAUUUCUGAAUAUGGGAAUGAGAGUCUGGCUGAGCAGGAACCUGCGUGGAACAUUCUGAAUGCUGUGCAGCACAAUAUGAAAUGCUGUGGAAGAUACAAUGUUACACAGUGGGAAAGGAAUGAAAACAAGGAAAAUAGUACUCAGAUCCCGUGUUCAUGUACAAAAUCCAGUCUGAAGAAAUGGUUUUGUGAUGUCCCAAGGAAUUCAACAUACAGUAUGGGAUGUGAAGAAUAUUUAAAUACAUGGUUUGAAAACAAUGUUUUGAUCUUAACUGCAAUUACUAUCAGCCUACUGAUUACACAGAUAUUUUUGAUCACACUAAUUGGUCAGUUAUUUAGAAACAUCAGAAAGAAUAAUAUUUGGCCAAGUGAAUCAUGA